ACUGUCUCCUAGAGAUCCCUGAGCACCCUCCAGCGCUGCACUGUCCCCACCCCGUCCCUGUCCCAGUGGCAGUGGGCUCUCUUAAGCGCUCUCGGGCCCCCAGAGCGCUGCGGCCAUGGGCAUCAGAGGGAUGCUGCGAGCCGCUGUGCUCCUGCUACUCAUCAGGACAUGGCUCUCAGAGGGCAACAACACCACUUCCCUCCCGGAAUUCUACAUCGAGCUCUCCUCGACCAUGCCUGAAGUCGUCCAGAACGUCUUCAAUUGCAAAAAUUGUGCAAAUGAAGCUGUGGUUCACAAGAUUUUGGACAGGGUGCUGUCAGGAUAUGAUGCCCGUCUGAGACCACAUUUUGGAGGUGACCCUGUGCCUGUGGGAAUAUCUAUGUAUGUCUCCAAUAUUGAACACAUCUCAGAAAUAACUAUGGACUGUAAGGUCACGAUGUUUUUUCAUCAAACCUGGAAAGACCCACGUCUAGCAUACUGUGAGACCAACUUAAACUUGACUCUGGACUAUCGGAUGGCUGACAAGUUGUGGCUCCCCGACUGCUACUUUCUAAAUAGCAAGGAUACCUUCGUGCAUGACAUGACUGUGGAAAAUCGUAUGUUUCAGCUUCACCCAGAUGGAACAGUGCAUUAUGGCAUCCGACUCACCACCACAGCAGCUUGUUCUAUGAAUCUUCAGAAAUACCCUUUGGACAAGCAGAUUUGCAAGCUGGAAGUGGAGAGCUAUGGUUACACGGUUGAAGACAUCAUGUUAUACUGGGAAGGUGAUGAGAAUGCCAUCCAGGGGACUGAAAAGCUACAGAUUCCUCAAUUUAACCUCCUGGGAAAGAUAAUAACUAGAAAAGAGGAGAUUUUCUACACAGGUUCCUAUGUGCGACUAAUACUGAGAUUCCUGAUCCAGAGGAAAAUUAUCAACUACCUUGUGCAGGUCUAUUGGCCUACUAUCAUCACCACUAUUGCUUCUUGGGCAACGUUUUGGAUGAACUAUGAAUCUUCUGUAGCCAGGGUGACAAUCGGUCUGACUUCAAUGUUCAUCCUGAACACCAUCAAUUCACACCUGCGGGAAAAACUCCCUGAAUUUUCUUGUAUCAAGGCCAUUGACAUCUAUAUGGUUGUAUGCUUCUUCUUCGUGUUCCUGUCCUUGCUGGAAUAUGUCUACAUCAACUAUCUUUUCUACAGCCGAGUAGGAACUCGGCGCCGUCAUAGGCAACGCAGCAGAGCCCGAAAAAUCAUGGAUCACUAUCGCUACCAGGAGGUAUCCACUAUUUCCUCAAAAGAUGACCAGUUUGACAUCAAAGACAAAAGUGGCUCUCCUCUCUCUAGACCAGUGCAGGCCCACUCAGCAAGCCCAGAAAACCUCGACUCUUUGACCUUCAUCUCAGAGCGGGUCCCACUGGCCACCUCAGAAAGCCUCAGCUCACUGUCUUCGCUCUCGCUCCAGUCUUGGCUGGCCACUGAAGAAAGCUUGAAUGAUCUCUCCUCCACCUCAGAGCAGGCACUGCACAGCUGUGACACUCGCUUUAAUGGUUUUGAGACUGAUGGCAGUGUUAUUCCUACCAAAAUCUACAAUCCUGGUGAGGCCCAUUGCCAUGCUGAGACCUUCUGUGACCCAGAAGACCCUGAAGAGAGCUACAGCUUGGAUGACAACCAUGGCUCUGGCCCCAAUAGAAAGCAUCUGCUCAUCCAUGGCCAGGGGUGCAAGCAAGAAGCAAGCUGUGAGCCUGAUAACAUGCAUAGAUGCCGUGAGGAGUUCCUUCACUUGCCUGGUGACAUCAACGUUGAACAAGACUACCUUGACCUUGAGAACCAACUACAGAGUGAUGCUGACACUACCUGGAGCCAUAAUGAUGACAAUUUCAUGGGAUUUGAUGAAGAUGAGGACAGUAGUUCAGAAUCUGAUGAUAGUUGCCCCCCAAGCCCUGGGCACUCCUGCAGGGAAAGGUUUUGUUCUGAGAUCUUUGACCCUGACUACAUUCCUAAGAUUGAUAAGUGGUGCCGGAUCCUCUUCCCUCUUGCCUUUGUGGUGUUCAACAUUAUUUACUGGCCAUACCAUGGCUUUUAGUCCCAUAGUGCCCCAGAGUAGCAGGGACACUGUGCUGUGCUCCUUUCACAGUUUAUUUUGGUUCCGUUUUGCCUUCUUUCCUUUGUUAAUUUAAUUUUGGUUAUUUGGACAGUCAAAUCAGUUCUACCUUUCUCUUUAUAAACAUGAGGUGGUGAGUAGUUGGUAAUAACGUGUUCUGGCUGGAAGGAAAGGGAUUGAGAAAGAGUUAGAGGUCAAGAGCUAAUUGAUUUUUCUUUUCUACUGAAAGACUGCCACCUUUUCAAAUAUUUUUAAUAUCUAAUAAGUACAGAAAAGCCCCUGGAAAUGUUUAGAGGACAGAGAGAAGCCAGCUUGAGGGACAGAGGAAGGAGCUGAACCCUGUGCAAAAACAUUUCUGGGGACUUUUCUGUCCCCCUAAAGUGUUGAAUUUUCUUUUUCAUUACUUUUUUACUUAUGCGUUUCCCCCCCCUCCUAGUGAUUAUGGUCCUUGCUCACCUGUUGCUUAGGGUUUUAUGGGAGAAAGUCAAGCUUAGUUGGGCUAGGAUGCACAGGGAAAGGGCUAUCUAUGGCUUGGAAGUGCAGUAGACUGGCUCUAGGAAAACUGAGGACUUUUGAAAGUGCCUUUUUUGCACGAUUUUUCUGUUUUAUUUUGAGUGUGUUGUUGUAGCACAAGAUUGGGAGUGGAAUGUAGGUGGGUAGAUAGGGGUGCUGAGUGAAAUGUCAGGUGAGAGAGCAUUUUUCCAGCAGGAGCUGUGAGGUGCUAAGUAAUGUCAAGUUGGAGAUUAACCAAAUUGAACUGGCAUCUUUGUCUAUAUUUCUCUUGUCUAUAUUUCUGCUCCAGAAUGCUUGACAAUAGGGACUUAGUACAUGUGUCUAGGUCAGAUGCUGAUUUGAACACUAGUCAUAGAACAAAUACGUGGUGAAUGAAGAUUAGAGUUAGAAAAGUUCUGACCUGCUACUUCACCAUCUGAUCUAGAAUAGCAUAUGAACAACUGUUGUGAAUCUCUAUACUAAUCCUUUCUAUUUGUCCAGUGUAGUGUCACUGAGCUCACAGAACCAUCAUUUCGUCAGACCCUCACAGGAGCCCUGUGAGCUAGAGAAGGCAAAGCACAUUGUCCCAAUGUUCCAAGGGGGAAAAAUGGAGCUUGAGAACAUGCAGCCAGUAAGUGGUAAAGCCACACCACUUGCUCUUCCUUCUUGUCCACUUAACUCUCUCAAUUGAGGCACUCCCUGUUUCUCCCCUUCACUUUACAAAAGGGGGUGCUCCAUCAGGUUCUGCUAGGCACCAGACCUCAUUCUAUGGUAAGUGGAGCAUUUCUGCAGGAAGCCGCCAGUGACCAGUGUGAACAUAUGGAAUAUGGGCACUGCCCACUCACUGGGGCUUCUAAGGGAAGUAGAAAUUAGUUUGUGCUCCAAUGUGCCAAACAACUCCAACUCAUUGAUUGAGGCCAUGGAGGAACAAGAUUUGCAAAGCACUCAGCAUAUGGUCCUCCUUCCUUCCUAGGCAGCCUCCCUGCAAUCCCUCAGUCACCUCCCAUUUUAACUGUGUUUCUGUGUUUGUUUCUGUGUAUACCAGGGUGUGUGUGUGUGUGUGUGUGUGUGUGUGCGCGCGCGCGCGCGCAUCAAGGUAGUUCUGUGUGCACAUACAACUAUUUGAGAAGCUGUAUAGCUGUAUGUAUAUCAGUGUAAAUCUCUAUUGGUGUGCAUAAGAAUGUAUAUAUAACAAUGUGUGGAUCCAUAUAUGUGUGUAUGCACCCUUAUGAAAGAGUGUGUAAACUUGUGAUUUAUGUAUGUGUGUGCUUGUGUGUACACACAUGGGUAUGUUCUGAGUGUAGGCCUAAGUGCACGUGUGCAUACUUAUGCUUAUUUAUCUGAUAUGAAUGGGUGUGAAAGGAAAUACACCUGAAAACAUAUGUAUUUCUUGUUGGUGGCUCUUCUAGAACCAACAGAAUUCCCUUGGCCUGUUCCCACAUGAAGGGGAAGGUAUCUUUUUGGCCAGGCUGAUUAACUGCUUCUUUCCAAUUCCUGUUUCAGGGAGUGGCUUCUCUUCUUCUCCCUCCACCCACUUGUGCUAUCUCCUAGAUAGAAGUGAAUGUAGUCCUAAAGUCUUAGGACGUGAUAAUUUAGUGCCUUGAGGUAGGAAUUGCUCAAUCGUGGGAUAAGUUGGGAAUGCAGAGCAUUUUGCUUUGUCCUGGAAGGACGUGUUCGGAAUGCCUUAAAGAUGCAUUGAGAACAGAAAUAUGAUAUAAAGAACUAAAGAACUAUAGAGAUGGUUGUAUAUAGCCUUGAUAACUCAUCCCUUUAUUUCAACCACCUUGUAAGCCUGACCUUGGAGGCAACCCCAGGCAGGUUUGUGAUAUGAGGAAAUGACCCAGGGAAUUGGAUGCUAACAGCUGGAUGCAGAGAACCAAAGGUACCUGGGAGAUGGCUGCAGGCAUGGACUGUAGUGGUGAGUCCAUUCAGGGGCAGCAGUGCUUUAGUAGCUACCCCGGGAUGGUUGUUGUUGAACUUCAGCCUUGGAUUUGGAAAUCCCGCUUUCCACCCCCUCCAGGGAAAGAGAUAAUUAGAAAGGUGAGAAGGCUGACCAAGAAGAGAAGUACAAUAGGUCCCAGGGACUGCCUGCCAGGAUCAACCCAUUUUAUCACCUCUCCUCUUCUUUUCUAUAGAUGCAGCAUAUAAAUAUAGCCUCCUACACAUACACACCCACAGAGAUCUACAGAGUCACACAUACAUGAUACACAUGUUGGGCACUCACCCUCAGCAGUAUAUACAUAUACUAGUACACAAAAAUACAUACACAAGCACACAGCUGCACAUAUGUCACAAACACAAUCACAUGUGUUUGCACUUUUAUGCGCGCACGCACACGCGCGCACACACACACACACAAUCUUGUAAGACAGAUUAAAAACA